UGUAAAAGGUGCAUUUUAGCCUCGUGUGUGGGGAAGGGAAAGAUAGAUAGAAAAGAAAGAAGAUGGAAGCAGUGGCAUUGUCCCUCUCCUCUACCACUUCAUACUUGGGUAUCCCAGCAACGGCAGCAACUGCGAAGCGAGGCAGCAGCACCUGCUUACCCUACGCCCCUUCCAGCAACUUUAACGUGCGCCACCUGGCAGCAUUCCACAAACAAUCCCAUCUUUUCACCAAAUCCCCGGCUCGUCCUUUUCUUUACACCAAAUCCUAUGCCCGUCAAUCCACCCAUGGCAUCUUCCUUCCCCACUUGGUCGCUUCUUUGGAACAAGUUGAACAAACUUAUAUUAUGGUCAAACCUGACGGUGUACAACGUGGACUUGUUGGAGAAAUUAUUUCGAGAUUUGAGAGGAAGGGGUUUAAACUGACUGGCUUGAAGCUCUUUCAAUGCCCUAAAGAAUUGGCUGAGGAGCAUUAUAAGGAUCUCAAGGCCAAGCCAUUCUACCCUUCACUGAUUGACUACAUCACCUCAGGACCAGUUGUGUGUAUGGCAUGGGAGGGUGUUGGUGUUGUGGCAUCUGCACGUAAGCUGAUAGGGUCUACAGAUCCUCUUCAGGCUGAACCUGGCACUAUAAGAGGGGAUCUUGCUGUUCAAACAGGAAGGAAUGUGAUCCAUGGUAGUGACAGCCCUGAGAAUGGCAAGCGUGAAACAGCUCUCUGGUUCAAAGAGGGUGAAUUAUGCGAGUGGACCCCUGUUCAAGCACCAUGGUUAAGGGAGUGAUCUUUCACCAUAUGCUUAGUCAUAGUUGAGGCAGGCUCUUCUCAAGUCCUCUUCUGAGCACCUGUAUUUUCUAUGUUAAAAUAUUCAUAUGAGAUUUAAGCAAUUCAUUGAAGAUUGAUGUAAUUGCCAUGUUAGACCUGCAGUUUUGUAAGAGUAAUGGAAGAAAACUUUGUCUAAUUGUCUUA